AGGAGCAGAGCCAUUUGAUCAACAGAACCUCUUCCCUGUAUCGACGUCUCCACACCACGUGACGUCUGUUUACAUCCUCUCCUCAGCUGUUCCUCAGUGUCCUCAGCUCCAGCACACCGCGCCAGAGCCCGCUGGACCCGCACCUUGACCAUCCAGACCCGGGAGAUAGCCCCGUGAUCCACUGACACACUUCUGGCUCUCUGCAGGUCGUGGACGCCUCAGAGUCUUUGUGCUUUGGCGCUGCGUCCUGGUGUGCGUCCUGGUGUGCGUCCCGCGAAUGCGACACGGUAUUGUCAUUUAGUGCCUCCUCCUCCUCCAUUCCUCUCCAUGACACUCUGAGGGGGCAUCCGUCAUCCCUGUUUGUCGCCGUAGCAACCCGCGGACAUGGGAGGAGCCGUGAGCGCCGGGGAGGACAACGAUGACCUCAUAGACAACCUGAAAGAGGCCCAGUACAUCCGCACAGAGAGAGUGGAGCAGGCGUUCCGAGCCAUCGACCGUGGAGACUACUACCUGGACGGGUACCGGGACAGUGCCUAUAAAGAUCUGGCGUGGAAGCAUGGGAACAUCCACCUGUCCGCCCCCUGUAUAUACUCAGAGGUGAUGGAAGCGUUGAAACUGCAGCCGGGACUGUCCUUCCUCAACCUGGGAAGUGGGACGGGAUACUUGAGCACAAUGGUUGGCCUUAUAAUCGGGCCCUUUGGAGUGAACCAUGGGGUGGAACUGCACAGGGACGUGGUGGAGUACGCUCGCGAUAAACUUGAGGAUUUUAUCAAGAAUAGCGACAGUUUUGACAAGUUUGAGUUUUGUGAGCCUGUCUUUGUGGUGGGGAACUGCCUUGAAAUCGCUACAGACAGCCACCAGUACGAUCGAAUUUACUGUGGAGCCGGAGUCCAAAAAGACCAUGAAAAUUACAUGAAGGUGCUGCUCAAAAUUGGAGGGAUUUUGGUGAUGCCUAUAGACGACCAGUUGACCCAGAUAACACGGACAGGCCAGAGCAGCUGGGAGAGUAAAAACAUCCUGGCUGUGUCGUUCGCUCCUCUGGUCCAACAGAACAGAGGAGACGGAGAGAAGGCUGACACUGUCCAGCUGCCCCCAGUGGCGGUGCGCACCCUGCAGGACCUCUCCCGCAUCUACAUCCGCCGGACCCUGCGGAGCCUGGCCCCUGAGGAUGACAGCCAGGGAAAGAGCGCCCGGGUCCCCCAAAAACGCAAACGCAGACGCUGCCGGAGGAGACGCAUCAACACCUACGUCUUUGUGGGCAACCAGCUCAUCCCGCAGAUGGUGGAGAGCGAGGAAGAAGAGCAGAAUCACAAUGAGGAAGAACACAACAAGGAGCUGGAGGAGGAGGAAGAGGAGAGGGACAUUGGCGACAUCGAAAUCAUCAGACAAGUCAACGUUUUGAGAGACCAGAUCAUGGCGUUGCCUCUGCCGGAGUCGCUCAAAGCCUACCUGUUGUAUUUUAGGGAGAAGUGACGAUGAUGAUGUUGUUUCUGAGGUGCGGCGCCUACUGAAAUGCUUAUGUCUCCUGUUUUUUUUUCUCAGUACAAAUGUAGCAUUAUUUCCAUCAGAAUCUUGAUUGCAAAACUGAAAAAUGAAAAGGCAUCAUAGAUAAUACUGGAUAAUAAUGUUAUGAUUGUUUUUUUCUUUGUAUGUGAAAAAAUGUAUGGCAACACUUCAGUUCAGGGGCCACAUCAUAUUGGCUAACUAAAUGCUAAUUGGUAUGCUAGCUAUUGGAUUUUUUAGCUAUGAGUAUUUAUACAAUGGGAAGAAAAUAGCUUAAAGAGCCCAUACUAUUCUCUGAUCUGUUCUAAUGGAGUUGUGUUUUGUUUCAUUCACACGUGUUUAACCCACAAACCCUGCAUAUUUAGGCUGAGUUCUUCUCUCAAACUUAAAACACUCUGUUCCACCUUGUGAUGUCAUCAUGUUGUAAUACAGGAAGUACUCCUUUGUGCUUUUAAACUCCGAACACCUUCACUAGAAUCAUUUGGAUGAUUUCAGCCCUGGAAUUUCCAAUCGCUACUGAACUAAAGGUAAAAGGAGCUGUUAACUUGAAAACCACCACUUCAUGACAUCACAAGGUAGAGCAGAGCAUUUUGAGCUUUGGAGAUGUAGACAGACUAGUAAUAAAGUGUUACUCAAGCUCAGAUGGUUAAUGUUGCGUAAUAUAGGACCUUUUAAUAACUAUUAACUUACAAAUAUAGCAUUAAUAAUACUCAACUGUUAGUUCACACCUUAGGGCAGGUAAUUGUCAAAAACUAGGGUCUGUUCACUAGCUUCUCCCUUUAUAAAUACUAGCAGAUUGUUACUGAGCACUUUUUAUACCUUUUACUACUAGUUAGCCGUUCAUAUGUGGCCCAUAAACUGAAAUGUCUCCUAAAUAUAUGAUCCACAUUAUGAUACAGAUUUUAUCAAAGGUGAAAUCUGUGAAUAUCAAAUUGUACAUUUUGUUACUAUAUUUGCUGAUGCUAAAAAUAACGAUAGCAUCUUUUUGAAGCUUUAAACGUGCUAUCUGCGUCUGAAUCGGACGACGCCUGGGGACAGAAACAAGGCCACACAAUCCCGUUUGGAGGGAGAGGACACGCUUGCAUGGACCUGAAUGGGGCACUCACAGUACGUCACUGCUCUUCACCAUGUUUAGCUUUAGGCCGAUGCGUUUUUUCUACCUUACUUAUUCGCGCGGAGGCUAGCUAGCUAACCUCUGGGUGUCUUUUGUACUGCGCACCUUCCAAUGGGACUUUUUCUACUGGGUGCUUACAUCUGCUUUUGCAUAAUCUGACGCGGUAAUGUCAGCAUCCUGGUUUGAGAAUAUAUCCCUUUUUCUAUACCUCUAAAAGAUGAGAAGAUAAAACCAAAACGUUGGGAUACUGUGACAAGUGUAAACGAAACAGAAUGCGAGGGAUCACUCACAUUUCAGCCAUUUUGUUUUUGCAGAUGUAACUGUUACAACCGGUGUGGGAACAGGAUGGAAAAAGUCUCAGAUUAGUUAAAAAGUAUAGUUUUUAAUUGUUUAAAAUCUAAAAAACAAGGUUAAUUUUAUGUCUCUUCAACUCAACGUCUGGAUCUCGAUGAACACCAGAUCACACCAGUCCAAUUAUUCAAAACAUUUUUCUAUUGAUCCAGUUAUUCAUGGAUUUCACUUUCUGUUAUAGGCAACAUUUUGAGAACUUUUACCAUUCAAAAGAUGAGAUAUUUUGUUUUAAAUUAUCAAUUGUUAUGGCAACAGUCUUAAUUUUUCAUGAUGGAUAACACAACCUUUUUGAAAAUAUAUUAUUAUUACCAGGGGAGUUGAUGAGGGGGGGGGGGCAAAAUGGUCUGUUAUCCCAGAGCCUCAAGGUUUAAGGUGCCCAUAAUUGGACCUUUAUCCCAUUUAUUUAUCUUAGAGGGGGGCCCAAUUGAGGGUUCGUGCACUGGCCCCCCAAAUUUCUGUCGACGGGCCUGCUCAUUCUAAUUAGUUGUAGCAGGCGUCUACAUUUUAAACAAUGAUGCAUUUAUAUAGCGGCUUUCAAGAUGCCCAAAGAUGCCAUUUUUUUCUUAUUGACACUUUUGGUUGAAAUUAAACAUUUCAUUUUGUUUCAUUUACAUUUCCACAGUCUCCCAACAUUUUUGAAAUCUGAUUCCCUUGCACCCUAUAGAAAACAACCAGCUUUGUAGACCAAACUGGUAAACUUGCAUGAAUUUACUCUAGUGGAUCGUCGCUAUGGAGGUGAUGUCCCAGGUGACGGCAUUAGUUCUUAUACAAACAUCGACAAAUCAGAACACCCCUCCCGCCCCUCAAUGCAAAACAUGAUAAAGCCUUGUUUGGAAUUCCGGACUGCGGAAGUGUUCGGGAAUGCACCUUAAGUUCACACACCCGAGUGAUCCAAGCCUAUACGAUCACAUUGGGGAAUUCUGAUUUCGGCACUGGACUAUUCCCAAAUCUCUGGAAUACUUUAAAUAUAUUUCUAAGAGUACAUUCCACAUGUUUCAGCAGCACAUGAAUUCUCGAUGUCCCUUUUUUUCCUGAAAGCUGAGUUGGAUGUUGUUGGUAUCGGUUAUUUUCAAUAUAAUAUAAAUGGUAUAAUCAUUGUAAUGUUCAUAUGAAUUUGCCUCUUUGCAUCUGACUGGUAGCAACCCGUUUCUUUGUACUGUAUUUUGACACUGCGAAACUCUUCUAGAUCCACUGCUGUUUGUUCAAUGAGAUAUUAGUGGUAUUCAUUUAGUGUAAUCAUUAUUUUGAACGGGAAAACGAUUCAUUACUAGUUUUGGGGUGAGGUCAAAUUUGUUAAUUUCAAAGCUUUGUCAGGAGGCAAUAAUAGAGCUAUUUGGCCUUUAAUUAUCAGUAGUCCCGUUUGAUUUGCUUAUUUAAGGCGCGGAUGCUAUUAAAAAACAUGCUACUGUACCGGGAUAGGAAACAUAAGAGGAAACCGGGAUAGGAAACAUAAGAGGAAACCGGGAUAGGAAACAUAAGAGGAAACCGGGAUAGGAAACAUAACGGCCAAGGAGAGAAGGAAUCAAGUACUGAAAGAUGCGGUCAGGCAUUGCACUAAAAUGAAUUGCAAUUGGACCAAGCAAAAGAAAAAUACAAUUAUUUCAACUGGACAAAAGUUUGAAGUGAAGACGCUUGGCUGCUUGUCCAAGCCGCUACUUCAGUUCUGAUCAGAAUACUGCUGGACACUGUCUUAUAUCUGUCUGAAGAGAGGAGUUAACAACACUGAACCUAGGUUUAGUUCAAUAGACAUCAUAGACAAUACAUAUAAAUGGACAUAGCUAACCUGCUAGCCACCGUGUUCCAUAUAGGAAGUGGGCAAUACGUUCAUAAAUCUUGCCCUGGAUUGGCUCUUUGGUUGCUAUGAUACUCGCAAUCGAUUCGCGGUGGAGUAUAGUUUGAAACUGGGCUCCAGAUUGUCCGCUAUAACCGCUAGCCUCGAUGAGCUUCAUUUGACUGGAGCUGAACGCUGUGGGUGAUGUCGCAAUCACUUAGUCCACUUCUUUACACAGUCUGUGGUGUGUUAGCUUCAGUGUACACGGCGGCUAGCAGUUUAGCUAUAUCGAUUUAAAUAGACAGUUUAUGAGGACUAUUGAACUACACCUAGCUUCAGUGUAGUUAGCUCUUCUCUUCAGCCAGAUAUGAUGCAGUGUCCAGCAAUAAUCUGGCCAGAAGGAAAGAAGCGGCUUGGAUGAGCAGCCAAAGCAGCAUCUUCACUCUAAAACUUUUUGUGCAGUUCUAGAAUAGGAUGUUUCUUUUGCUGUGGAUCAGAGCUGGACAGCCAGCUAAACACAAAAUAUAUUUAAAUCAGGUUCAUUUGUUAAUCACACACCAGGCCCGGGCUCAUAAUGUGCGCAGUUUGGUUUGGAAAACGUGUUGUUUCUUUGUAAAUGUUUGGCAAGAAAAAAAACUACAAAAAAAAAUAAUAAA